AUGGUCAUCUCCCCUUUCCGCAGUCUGUUGCUGCUGGCAGCUUCGGCCUGUGUCGCUGUGGCAGGCAGCGAUGCCGGCAAACUGCCCAACUCAGUGACUCUCUCCUAUCAGCUGGUAGGAGUUCCGUCCAUCGAGCCCUUAGCUACGUUCUCCUACGACCCGCGAUCCAAGAAACAUGCUCUAUCGUCCUGGACGCCUCCGAGCCUCGAUUCGGAAAAAUCCACGACUCCAGAACCCACCUCGUCACGACUUCUACGAAUCCUACUUCCCAAUGGCAGCGCAACCGUCACGACCCUGGACACGUUCAGCGCGGAUGUCUACCAAAAGAUCGACCUGUGGGUUUCACCGGAUGACGGCUCGGUCUUCUCUGCUUCGGUGUCCAGUGUCUCGCCACCGCCGCUGACUCCAGACGAGGAGCGCUACCAGAAAAAGGUGGCACGAGCAAAGGCGAAAGGAAAACCUAUCCCACCUCCGCCGCCCAUUCCUAAUACAAAGAAGGCAAGAGAAGAAGCCGCCGCAAGAGCCGCUCUCCACGAGCCGAUCAAGGUCAACCUUCUCGCGGCUGGGCCUGGCCCUGCACCGGCAUUGACGACUCGCAAACCGCCGCAAGUGGAUACUGAGGGGAGAGAAAUUGCGCAAGAGGAGCAACAAGAAAAGAGUUUCUUCCAGAAGUACUGGUGGGUUUUCGUGAUUGUUGCUGUGCUUUCUAUGGGAGGCGGCGGCGGCGGCGGGGAGAAAUGA